AUGGCGAAAAAGAAAAAUAAUUAUUUAAUGGUCGAUACGAAUAAUAUAAAAUUUACAGAAAACUCAGAAUCAGAAGAUAUAGAUGUGGAAGAAUAUGAUGAUAAUGAUGUUGAUGAUUCUAAUAUAGAUAAGGAUGAUAUAAGUAGUAGUGAUGAAAAUGAUGAUGAUGAAGAAGAAGAUGACAGUAGUGAUGAUAAUGAAGAAGAAAAUAUAAAUGACGAUUUAGAUGAAGAAAGUAAAAAAGAUAAAAAAAAUAAUAAAGAGGAUUAUGUAAAAAUAUCUUGGGAAAAAGAUAAAAAAAAUUAUUAUCAAUAUGAAAGUGAAAAUUCAUCAAGUGAUGAUGAUGAAGAAGAAAACAAUGAAAGAUUAAAAGAAGCAAUUUAUCUUAACAAAAAAGAAAAAGAAAAUUUAGAAGAAAAUGAUUUUGAUUUAUAUAAUAUAUACGAAAAUGAUAAUAAAGAUAAUAAAAAUGUAAAAGAAAAUAUUAUUAAAAAGUUAAUUAAUGAUAUGAAUAACGAAUUAAAAGAAAAAAAAGAAGAAAUUACAUUAGAAAAUAAAGACAAACAAGAAGAAAUUAAAGAACUUGUUAUGAGUGAACAACAAGAAUAUCUAAUUCUUUUAAAAGAAUUAUCAUUAAAUAUAGAAAAAGUGUUCAAUGAAAUUAAAGAAAAUCAAAAAUUAUUCGAAUUUAAAGAUAUUAAUGAAAAAAAUGUACCCUCUAGUGAUAUUAAUAAAAAUACAUUACUUUAUCUUAAAAAAAAAAAUGAAACCAUGUUAACCUAUAUUAUUUAUAUCACAUAUUAUGUGUUUCUAAAAGUUAUGAAUAGUUAUACACCUACGCAUCCGGUGUUAGAUAAACUGAUUUAUAUGAAUACUAUUAUAUCAAAAACUAAUGAACUCGAUAACAAAAUCAAGUUCAAAAUUCAGCAAUUGAAUAAGUCAGGAGAUAAGUCAGUUAAGCAAUUGAAUGGUGUGAAUGGAAAGGAGCUUCAAGAAGAUACAUAUGAAGAUGACGAAGAAGAAAGAGAUAUUAAUGUUGAUGAGCAGGAGGAAGAUUAUGAUGAGGAAGAGGAAGAUAACGAGGAGGAAGAGGAAGAUAACGAGGAGGAAGAGGAAGAUGACGACGAGGAAGAUGACGAGGAGGAUGAUGAUGAAGAGGAUGAUGAUGAAGAGGAUGAUGAUGAUGAGGAAGAUGACGACGAGGAUGAUGAUGAAGAGGAUGAUGAUGAUGAUGAAGAGGAUGAUGAUGAUGAUGAAGAAGACGACGAUGAUGAUGAUGAAGACGACGAUGAUGAUGAUGAAGACGACGAUAAUGAUGAUGAUGACGAUGAUGAUGACGAUAAUGAAGAGGAGGAAGAAGAAGAAGGAUAUAAUGAACAAAAGAAAGAUUUAAAAAACAAAAAGUACAAAAUUAGUAAAAGCCUUAUUACAGAAUAUACUGAUAGUCAUAUAAGAGAAAAAGAAAAAGAAGAGAAAAAAAAGAAAAGGGAAAAGAUAAGAAAUGAAAAAAAUAUAUUUGUAAAAGAAAUCAAGGAUAUGAUAUCGAAUAGACCUGAGAAAAUUGAAGAAGAAAAUUACUUAAAAAAAAUGGAAGAAAAAUAUAUGGACUUUGAUGAAAAAAUGUUAAACAAAAAAAUGAAAGAAUUAAGUAAAAAGAAAAAUAAAAUGAAGAAUUUAACUAACGUUGGAAUGACAACAAACGAUUUAUUAAAAUUUGUAGAAUUACCAGAAAUGAAUGAACAAAAUGAUCAGAAGAAUAAUAAAUUUGAUGAGAAAAAAAUAUUCCGAAGCAAUAUUAAUAAAAUUAAGCAAAUAAAGAAAAACAAAUUAGAACAUAAUCCAAACGAUGAUUUUGUUUCUUAUAAAAAGUUCGAUAAAAAUAAACAAAAAACAUUCAAUACAAAUGAAUAUAUGGAUCAACAGAAUAAUAUCUAUGGAAAGAAAAAGAUACAUGAUGAAAUAGAUGAUGAACAUAUAAAGAAUAUGUUAAAUUUCAAAGAUAUGAAAAAAGAAAAGAGAAAGAAAUAUAUGGAUGAAAAAAAUAAACAAAUAAGGAAAAAACUAGUUGAUGAAGAAAAUGAGGAAGUUGAUAGAAGAAUGCCAAAUCAAAAAAUUAUGCAAAAUAAAGGAUUAGUAAGAAAAAGAAAAUCAACUGAUGGUAAUGCAAGAGUACAUAACAGAUUUAAGUAUAUGAAGAAAAUGAAAGUAUAUAACAGUCAACACGCUAAACUCAAAGUUCAUGAUAAUAAUUAUUCGGGUGAAAAACGAGGAAUCAAUCCAUACUUAAAGAAAUCAGUGGAUAUCAAAUAA